AUGAGCACGAUCGAUGACACACAACCUGAACUUGAACUAAUACAACAAGAGAGAGAAUCAAGUCCUACAUUAUCGGCCAAAGCGAAGGGUAAGGGUAGAGCCAUCGAUGUAGAAGAGGAGGAAGAAUCAAAUGGGCAAAACAUUUCAGCUUCUCUUCCAACACCACCUCCAGAAAUAACAGUAAACACAACUGAGAAUACUGCUUCAAAUUCACCCGAACAACUUAGUCCAAGAGAAGAACGAGGAGCUACAAUAACAAACGAGACUAGUCAGGUUGCUACUGAGUAUCACUUAAAAGCUAUAGAGUGGUUUGACAUCACGACGGGAAAGACCAAACAGCUGAAAGUCAUUACGCAGAACGGCAAUGUUCUUAUAUUACGUGGCGAUAUUGAAAUUCGACCAUACGAUCGUCCAAGUAUCACAUAUGAAUUACUGGUGGAAAUACUGGGUGAUUAUUUGUUGAAUUCAAUUGCAAAGGGAGAAGCAGAGCCAUCUGUAUAUGAUUAUCAUCAUACACUGAAUACAGCACUGUCCAUUAUUCCGUCUUUACAAACCGGAUUAGAUGUAAAUGUAAAAUUUAAUUCGAUAUUUGGAUUUGAACCCACUGCCGAACUAUCGGUCUUUGAUGUGUUUAAUGUGGACUUGGUGCAUGGUUGGGUGGUUGAUCCGCAAGAUUACAAUACUUGGGAUGUGGUGGUGGAAAAGUGUGGUAGUUAUAAUCGUGCAGUUGAGUGUGUAGUUCAAGGGGAUGCGACUAGUAAAGGACUUGUGGUGGAGAGUUUGGAUAAUGGGGCAGGUGUUGGAAAUUCGACGAAUGCAAAUAGAGAUGGGGUUUUUAAUGCUGACGAAAGAGAUGCAUUGAUUGCAUCUCAGUUUCUGAUUUCGACUGCCACACAAUUGACGUAUCAUGGAUUACAGACCUUAGUAGAAGAUCUACGACCUGGCCAUCUUUGCGUAUUAUUCAGAAAUAAUCAUUUUUCUACGCUAUAUAAACAUUCUGAGACUUCAAGUUUAUAUGUUCUUGUAACUGAUGCGGGAUUUAUCAAUGAACGUUCCGUAGUAUGGGAAACAUUAACCGAUGUCGACCAAAGUAAUGCCGAGUUCUUGACUGCGCAGUUUCGUAAGGGCAAGGUUGUUGGCGAUUAUGUCGAUCUUGUAGAAGAACAACAACAGCAUGAAGUAACAGGCGGUGGUGAUCAAGAUUAUGCUCUCGCUCUAAGCCUUCAACAACAAGAAGAAGAACGUGAAGCACAAUACCUUCGCCAGCAAAACAAUGAAAAUCUCAUGAUUCAAAAACGAAAGGAACAAGAACAAAUACGGUAUCAGCAGCAACCACAAAAAAAAGGCCAUAGAACUUAUUCGGGCGGGCAACAGCAACAGCAAAAUCAUAAUACGCCAUCUGAUAAUAUAUCGCAUUCAUCUACUGGAAGUUGGUUAUGGGCGAGAAAAUUUACUAGGUGA